UUAAAUUUUAUCUUAUUUUAAUCCAUUUACAGAAUACACAAUGGGAUACUAGCAUAUACACAUCUUUAUAGCUGAGAAGUAGGAUAUAAGCAUCUAAAGACCAAAGCAUUCGAGUUGAUAUCUGGUUAUGGAGUCCCUUUUUGCCGCCAUCCUGUUUUUGGUUACUACUGCGUCAUUACAAGUCAACUCCGAAGAAGUAUGCUUUGAAGAUGUCGGAUGCUUCACCGAUGAUGGUUGUCAUGGAUUCGGCUUCCCGCCCCGUUCGCCGGAACUUAUCAAGACCCGAUUUUUCCUCUAUACGAGGAAAAAUAAAGUGGAGCCUCAUGAGAUUAAACGAGGUGACAUUGUAGGUCUGCGGGCUUCAAACUUCGAUGCGAGAAGAAAGACGAAGAUAUCUGUGCAUGGGUACACCGCGAACGCCUUCAGGGUUCUCGAACAGGAUCAGAAGGAUGCCCUUCUUGAAACAUAUGAUUUGAAUGUGAUCCUAGUCGACUGGAGUGACGGAGCUCAGGGUCCUUACCGAGAGUGCCAUCAGAGCACCCGGGUUGUCGGUCGAGAGAUCGGACUACUGGCGCGUUUUCUUAACCUCGAAACUGGCAUGUAUUACAGCGAUCUUCACCUAGUAGGGAUGAGUCUUGGUGCCCAUGUUAUGGGUUAUGCCGGUGAAUUCCUACCAGGAAUUGCACGCAUCACAGGCUUAGAUCCGGCAGGUCCUUAUUUCCGUGACGAACGUUUCGAUUUCCGUAACAACGGACCCGAAUGUCGCCUUGAUCCCACUGACGCCUUAUUCGUUGACGUCAUACAUACCGAUGCUAAUGACGGGACAGGUCUCGGUCAGAUGAUGCAACUCGGGCAUCAAGAUUUCUACCCUAACGGUGGGCGUCGUCAACCGGGGUGCAGGGACGUCGAUUUCUGGUCGGGCUGCAGUCACCUCCGCGCUCUCAGCUUAUUUGCAGACACUGUGCGGUCACUCUCCUGCGAGUUUACCGCGGUACCAUGCGAUAGUUGGGCGCGGUAUCAAGCCGGCACCUGCCGCGGCGAAUGCGGACCGGGCGGUUGCGCUAUCAUGGGUUACCGCGCUGACCUGAAUACCGCGGUUACGGGAAAGUUUUACCUGGACACCAACAAAGAGACUCCGUAUUGCAUUGCUUAAAGGGAUUCCUUUUGAAGACAGAUCAAUGUACUUGCAUGAACUGUCAGGCAUUGGAAAAUGAAGAUUUGUUGAUGAUUAAAAUGUUAGCAUGAAUUUUGGAGAGAAAAAUAUAAUUUGACAAUAUGAGUACAAUCUAACCUAUCCUUGUUGGCAAGAUACUUUUAACAGAUAUAUAUAGAGAGUGUGGUAUUAGGCCUACUGUUCAAACUUGAAGUAAUCUGAUAAUCCCCUACCGUUGAAUAGGCUUAUUUUAGGCAAAUUACUUAAGGACUUUGUAUAAUCGUAUCGGAGGAGGGGGGAAGGGUACUUGACUCGGGUGUCAUUUUCCGGUGACGUGAAAGACAAUAAGAAAAAAUAACAUAUUUUAGAAAUAUAUAUCUUUAAAAGAGAGAGAGAUAGAUUCAGAUUUCAAAUUAAAGUUGUUUUAUUUAAUUUUUCAACCGAACACUAAAUAUUGGUUUGUUUAUAAUUACAAUGAAACUUAUAUAGGAAUAUAUAUUGAGGUAGGUAGAAUAUAUGAUAUUUUUCCAUAAGAAACAAGAAAGUAUUUUUAUAAAGGUAAAUUAUCAUAGACAUUAGAAAGAGAGUUAAGGGAAGAGAAAGAGGGGUGUGAGAUCAUUCUUGACGAACAAUUCAAUAAAUAAGCAACGUGUGUCAAAAUAUUGGACAGGUUCAAUUUCAGCCGGAGCUUUCUCCGGUCAAAUAUUGAAAGAGUGCCCAAUGAGCCGUCAUUGAAAUUCACUUUUUUUUAUGUUAUCAAGCAAUAGUGUAUCAUCGUUAAAAAUAUUUAAAGACCAUGACAUAUCAAAGUAACAAUAACAAUAUGGAUUUUAUGUAUCAUGAUCGAUUUCUCUUUGCUUCAUGUUAAUUUAUUCCACACCUUGCGAUUGUGGCUUGCACCCAC